UUCAUCUAUUCUAAUACUGAUUUGAAAGAAUUAGCUGCUGGUCCCUACUUGCUGAAGAGUUUUGGAACAUAAUUAGUUUCCAUGGUUUCAUUCAGGCCAUCGAAGAAAGAGCUAGAGAUACAAGGUACUGCUAAAGAAUCAUGGGUAAUUUCAAGGGACAUGCACUACCGGGUACUUUUUUCCUUCUUUUUGGCUUGUGGUGGUCUGUAAAAUAUCCCCUGAAGUACAUCUUGAAGAAGAAGAAUAAAAAUGUGUGUUACAUAAUGUCAGCUAAAGGAUUUCAUCAGUUAGAGGUUGCAGAGGGAAUUGUAAAAGCUGCAUUUGCACUGAUAGGUAUGGUAGCAGAACAAUUUGUCCCUGAUGGUCCGCACUUAAAGCUUUAUAACUAUGAAGAGAAACAAUGGAACCACCUGAUGAACUGGCAGCAUGGAACCAUGUAUCUAUUCUAUGGUAUGUCCGGCCUGGUGGACAUUAUGGCCCACACAUCUUCUGUAGUUCCGCUCGCCAUGGACAGGCUGAUGUUUUCAACUGCUGCUUUUGUUGAAGGUUUUAUGUUUUAUUACCAUGUCCAUGGUCGCUUGAUGUUAGAUGUACAUGUGCAUCAGCUUUUAUUAGUAGCAAUCUUUGGUGUGGCUUUUUGCCUUUUCCUUGAAGUCUUUCUUCGUGGCAACUUGGGUCUAGAGCUCUUACGAACAAGUUUUUUUAUACUGCAAGGAACUUGGUUCUGGCAGAUUGGCUUUAUACUAUAUCCACCUAAUGGUGCAGAAUGGAAUCUCCUUGACAGCAAUAAUAUGAUGUUUGUCACAAUGUGCUUUUGCUGGCAUUUCGCCUUUUCAAUCCUUGUCGUGGCUAUCAGUUAUAGUAUUGUUUACUGGGUAACACAUUCCAAGCUUAAAAAGGAGCAACCUGUGGAGCUGGGUUUGUUAAAGUCAACAGAACAGGACCGUGAAUCAGAUGAAGAGUUACAGGACUUUUGGAAAUAGUUUUGAAUAUUUUAGUUUCUCUUCCGUGUCUGUUCUGCUUUGUUCCUGUUUUUCACAUGUUCUUUUCUUAAAGGUAUUUCAACUGAACCAACAUUGCUUAUAAGCAUUUAGAUAGUGCUCUAGCACCUACCACCUUCCAUCAUGAAGACACCGUUAAUGUAAUGAUUUACAGACUGGAGCUGCUUGGUUAUUCUUCUAACCUAACAGUUGAUUACUAUGCUCUGUGCUUGUAGCUACAUUACUGAACUGUGCCUUUGCAUGGUACUUGAACUUGGUUGUUCACAGUCACUUUAAUUACAUAGAGGAGCAAUGUGUGGAGUAUGAAUGUAUUUAUAGAGUGGGGAGUACUAACUCCAUGUUCCUACCUCUAAGACACAUAACUGUAUAAAUUAUGGAUCAUAAGGAAGUGUACUAAAAUGUAUUCGUUGGAGAGUAUUUCUGUCGGAUAUGGACUUUGGUAUUAGUUUAUACUGGAAAAAUAUUGCCUUAGAGUUAAAACAUUUAAUUAAUUUAAAGUAUGAGGUGAAGGAUAUUACUGUCUGUGACCAUCAUCAUAGCUGUACAAUGUGUUUUUAAUUGCAUAUUCUUGUCAAGCUUCAGCAAAGCUUUAUUGUAACUAUUUUGUAAGUUCAUGCUGUGUAAAGCUCAGGUUCAAAGUCUCACCCUGUUAGCUUGCAUGUACAUGUAACUUACUCAUUUUUAAUUUCAGCAACAGCUUUAUACAGGUGCUGCAAUCUAUGGUAUUUCAGUAGAAGCCUUCUUUUUCUUCUUUGAGGAUAGAUUGAUUACUAAUGAUGGUGUAAUGCAGUACAGCCAUUUUAUAGUAUUUGUUUGGAAUUUUAAGUAAAUGCCAUUGGCUUUUAUAACAUUA